AUGAAGUCUAUGCUGGAACAAAUUCUGGAGGGUCAGCAGAAGCUCACCGUGGACUUCAAUGGAAAGAUGGAUGCUCUCUACCUUGAUCUGAAUGGGAAAAUCAAGGCUUUGAACACCCAUGUCAAGCAGCUCGAUACGCAGGUUGCUCAAACAGCAAGGUCUGUGAAACGACAAGAAGGUUUUCUUCAUGGGAAGACUGACACCAAUCCAAGGCAUCACUGCAGUGCCAUCACGAUGAGGAGUGGUAAAAAUUUGAGUUCUGAGCCCAAAAAGACGCCACCUGCAGCUGAGGUCGUGGAUUUGGAAGAGCCUGAAGAAGUUCAUGAAAUUGCAUUGCCGGUGUCGAGCGACACCACAACCAGUGUCGCGCGUCACCAAUCACAGAGCGACGCUGAUAUUGCUCCAAGUCCGAAUUCUGCUGAGGAAAAGGUCUACAAACCUAAGGUUCUUUACCCAAGGAGCCCUAGGAAGUCCAAGCAAGAACUAGAUGUUGCAAGGUGCAAAGCUUUGAUGGAAAAGCUUGUGAUUGAGAUACCUUUGGUUGAUGCUGUGAAAAUCACUCCUGUUAUCAGGCGUUAUGUGAAGCGAAUGGUGACCAAUAAUCUCAGCCAUGAACAAGGAGUGAUGAUGAUUUCUGAGCAAGUCAGUGCUGUGAUUCAGAACCAAAUUCCAGAGAAGCUGACUGAUCCAGGAAGCUUUGUCCUGUAA